GGGGGCAAUGUGUGAAUUGUCAAGAGAAGAAAUAAAGAAAAAGAAAAAAAGACUUGGAAGAAGUUGGAAAACCCUAAACCCUGCGGCCUCCCCACAUCUCUCAAUAUGAUACCCAAAGUUUAAUUUCUUCUCCAUUUUACAGAUCGCACAAACAUCAAAUUGGACCAAAAAUGGCUUCUUUGUGUGCCUCAAGAGCAACCAUUUUCAAGCCGAAGAAGCUCCUCACAAUUUCGCCUACACCAUUAUGCCUAAGAUCAACAAUCUUCUUCUACAACUCCGAAUCUCUCAACAAUCAUGAUCGAAUUCCAAAAGGUAACAGUCCUAAACCCCAAGAAAAACUAGAAGAUCUCAUUUGCCGAAUGAUGUCUACUCGUGCCUGGACUACACGUCUACAGAAUUCCAUUAGAAAUAUUGUUCCUUCAUUCGAUCAUGAACUUGUUUACAAUGUGCUACACAGUGCGAAAAAUUCUGAACAUGCGUUGCAGUUCUUCAGGUGGGUUGAAAGAUCUGGUCUUUUUAGGCAUGAUAGAGAAACCCAUUUCAAGAUUAUUCAAAUUCUUGGUAGAGCUGAAAAGCUUAAUCAUGCUAGGUGUAUACUCCUUGAUAUGCCUAAUAAGGGUGUUGAUUGGGAUGAGGAUUUAUGGGUUUUGAUGAUUGAUAGUUAUGGUAAAGCUGGGAUUGUUCAAGAGAGUGUUAAGUUGUUUCAGAAAAUGGAAGAGUUAGGUGUUGAAAGGACUGUUAAAUCUUAUAAUGCUUUGUUUAAUGUGAUAACUCGUCGAGGACGAUAUAUGAUGGCCAAGAGGUACUUUAAUAAGAUGGUUAAUCAGGGUAUUGAACCGACUGGACAUACGUAUAAUCUUUUGAUUUGGGGAUUCUUUUUAUCGUCAAAGGUGGAUACUGCAAUUAGGUUUUUUGAGGAUAUGAAGAGUAAGGGGAUUAUGCCUGAUGUAGUAACUUAUAAUACUAUGAUUAAUGGAUAUAUUCGGGUGAAGAAAAUAGAAGAAGCGGAGAAGUACUUUGUGGAAAUGAAAGCAAGAAAUAUAGAGCCGACUGUCAUCAGUUAUACAACACUGAUUAAAGGAUAUAGUGCGGUUGAGCGAAUAGAUGAUGCAGUGAGAUUGUUUGAAGAGAUGAAGAGUUUCGGUAUUAAACCAAAUGCUAUUACUUAUUCGACACUGUUACCAGGGCUUUGUGAUGCUCAGAAAAUGUCUGAAGCUGGAACGAUUUUGAAAGAGAUGGAAGAUAAGUAUAUUGCACCCAAGGAUAACUCUAUCUUCAUAAGGUUAAUAUCUGGACAGUGUGAGGCAGGUGAUUUAGAUGCUGCAGCUGAUGUUCUGAAAACUAUGAUCAGGUUAAGUGUUCCCACUGAGGCUGGACAUUAUGGUGUCCUAAUUGAGAAUUUCUGCAAGGCUGGUAUCUAUGAUCGAGCUAUCAAAUUUCUGGAUAAGCUUAUUGAGAAAGAAAUCGUCCUGCGACCACAGAGUAGUUCGUCUAUGGAACCAAGUGCAUAUAACCUGAUUAUUGACUACCUAUGCAAUAAUGGCCAGACAGGCAAGGCUGAAACUUUUUUUAGACAGUUGAUGAAAACUGGGGUUCAAGAUCCUAUUGCCUUUAACAAUCUUGUCUGUGGGCACUCAAGGGAAGGGGUUCCUGAUUUGGCCUUUGAACUGUUGAAGAUUAUGGGCAGAAGAAAGGUUCUUUCUGACGGUAUUGCUCACAAAUCACUUGUUGAGAGCUAUCUGAAGAAAGGGGAGCCUGCUGAUGCUAAAGCUGCUCUGGACAAUAUGCUUGAACAUGGACAUGACCCGGACUCAUUGUUGUAUAGAUCAGUGAUGAAGAGCCUGAUGGGAGAUGGAAGGGUUCAAACAGCAAGUCGAGUGAUGAAAAUCAUGUUGGAGAAGGGAGUGAAAGAACACAUGGAUUUAAUUUCUACUAUCUUGGAAGCCCUCCUCAUGCGGGGCCAUGUUGAGGAGGCCCUCGGAAGAAUUGAAUUGUUGUUACACAACAGUCUCUCACCUGAUCUUGAUGGUCUCUUGUCAGUUCUAUGUGAGAAAGGAAAGACUUCUGCUGCUCUGAAGCUGUUAGAUUUCAUUUUAGAAAGAAAUUGUAGCAUAGACUUUCCAAGCUAUGAUAAGGUGCUGGAUUCUCUCUUAGCUGCUGGGAAGACACUUAAUGCCUAUUCUAUUUUGUGCAAGAUGAUGGAAAAUGGAGGAGUUAAAGAUCACAAGAGUUGUGAAGAGUUAAUUAAGAGCCUUAAUGAUGAGGGAAACACAAAGCAAGCAGAUAUUCUAAGAAGAAUGAUACUCGGAAAGGAAACAACACUUGACAGCAAGAAAGGGAAGAAAAAGACACCCAUUGCUACCUGAUUCCUGCAAUUUUGCUUCUGGUUACAGGUUAGAAU